AUGGCUCCAUAUGAGGCUUUGUAUGGUAGGAAGUGUCGUAGUCCUACUUGUUGGAGCGGCAUAAGUGAUUCACUAAUUUUGAGCCCGGAUCUGAUUCAGGAAACUAUUAAGCAGGUAAGAGUGAUCUGUUCCAAAAUGAAGGCUGCGCAAGAUAGGCAAAAGACUUAUGCGGAUCUGCGUCGUAAGGGUAUUUCUUAUGAGGUUGGGGAUAAGGUUUUGUUGAAGGUAUCUCCGAUGAAGGGGGUGAUGCAUUUCGGGCAGAAAGGCAAGCUUAGUCCGAAGUAUGUAGGCCCUUACCAGGUGUUGGAAGGAAUUGGUGAAAUGGCUUAUCGGUUAGCAAUGCCGCCGAAUCUCUUAAAGGUUCAUGAUGUUUUUCAUGUGUUGCAAUUGCAAAGGUAUCGUAGUGAUCCUUCUCAUGUGAUUCCAGUUGAUUCGGUUACAAUUGAGCCGAACUUGACUUUUAAGGAGUGGCCAGUUAAAAUUCUAGAUCGUCAAGAUCGCACGCUUCGAAGGAAAGUGGUCCCUUUGGUCAAAGUACUAUGGAGAAGUCAGAAACAUGAAGAGGCUACUUGGGAAACCGAAGAGUUUAUGAGACGAAAGUAUCCCGAGCUUUUUGACGCUAGUAUCGAGCCUUAG